UGACCAAACUUAUUGGCUGCAGUGUUGUGUAUAAAAACGAAAGAAUGAAUGAACAACAUUAGACAUUUAAACAAACUAGAAAUUGACACAAGUGUUAAAAGAAAGAACAAUGGAUUUCAGGAAGAAGGCGGAGGAGGUGGCUGAUAGACUACAGAGGUAUUAUAAAAUGACGGAAGGGUGGACUUCCUCCAAGAAAUCGAAAAAUUUUGAAAUUUCAUACCGACAGUCUGAGGAAUUUUCUGGACACUUAUAUAAAGGAGAGGCUAUUUAUAACUGUCCCCCCAAAACUGUGUUUGAUUAUGUAGAACCUCUGCCUGAUGGCCCUAGAGCUAAAUGGGACACCAAUAUGAAGAAAAUUGAAAUCUUGAAAUGGAUAGAAAAACCUGAUUUAAGAAUAAAUCGAGCUUGUACUGCCAGUGCAAUGCUUGGCCUGAUCUCACCUCGAGACUUUGUAGAUCUCAUUCUCAUACGAGACACAGAGGAAUGUCUUUCAACAAAUGCAUGUAGUGUGGAGCUAGAGGAAUUUCCGGAAGAAAAGAAGUAUGUAAGAGGAUGGAAUUACCCCUGUGGAAUACUAGUUAUAAAAUAUCCAUCAGAUCCUAAUAAGUGUAAGCUGGUCAGCUUGAUUCAGCCUGAUAUCAAGGGAAUGCUUCCUAAGAACGUCGUAGAAGCUGCCAUCCCAGGCUCCAUGACCGAAUUCUUCACAAAGCUUGAAGAGCAACUAAAGAAAGACGGAAAGAUCACAAGCUGAGGACUUAUACCACUGAACAUAGUGCUUGUUGUUUAUCUUUAUUUAUGUGAUUUGUUGUCCAACACUGUAUUGUUGUGAAACCCACAGAUUUUAUUUAUCUAGAAAAGAACAAACGUUAGGUCUUUGUGAUGUUAGCGUGGUAAUACUGGUAAAAACGGGGGGAAAACAUAACAGAGUUGGUUAUCUGUGUGCCUUCCAACUAAAAUUUCCAAAAGCGAAAUCCAAAUAGAGAUUAUUUUUUUUUAAUUUUUCAAUUCACCAGUUUUUAAAAAGAGUUUUAAAUUAUUUUAAAUUGCAAUAUAAACUAUACUGUCAAAAUAACUUGCCAAAAAUACACAACUCUCAAAAUAUAUUAAUAUACGUAUAAUACCAGGUAGUGUGUAGUUAGUUUGGCUAUUGCUAAUUUUUUUUUUUAUCAAAAUGCUGUUUAGGCCUAGAAAACAAUUGUACAAGAUACACACCAUUAUGAUGUAGGAGCUGAAAGGUCCAAGUUCUAUUUUUUUAAAUUGUAUUUUAAAUAACACUGAAAGUAAUGAGAAAUUGUCAGUAUUGUUUAUUAUACACAUUUUAUUUCUUGUACAAAAUAUAUGAGGGAAAUUAAAAUUGUCAAACUGUU